AUGGGUGACGGAGCUCUGGGCUCGGACCACAUCAAUUACUUGAUCCUCCGCUAUCUGCAAGAAGCAGGCCACGAGAGCGCUGCCAAAGCAUUGCACCAGGACUGGCACCGUCCGCAAGAAUACCGCGAUCCCGAGAAGCUGCCCUUUGCGCCUCUGGUCAAGCAACAUGAGCUGGUCCACAUUAUCCAGGAUGCCAUCUUCCACGAUCAGCUGCUCGCUCAGGUCACCAACCAGUCGCGCCGCUUCAACUUGACCACUCGACACUUUGCACACCGCGCCUCGACUGACACACGCCCGUCGACGACGACCCAACACGACUUUCCGCUUCCUCCUGCCAAACGUUCUCGGAAGAGCAACGAUUCGCUGAACCUGGACGCCAUGCACAUCGAUUCGCAACCACAAGACCCUCACCAAGAACCCCAUCGUCAUCCUACCCCAGACCUUCCUGAGCCAGGAUACGUUCCCACAACGUCGUCUGCCACCCAGACAGACAAAAAGCUCAAGUCAAAGUCAGAAACCAUGUACUGGGCUUUGGAUCAACCCGACGCGAACAUCAUGCACGCUUUGUGGAAUCCUCAUCUCUCCCAAUCCACUCGCUUGCUCACUGUAGGCGAAUCUCUGUGCCGCUUCUACGAUCUACCACAUCAGACCAAGAACCCUCUCCAGCGUGCUCACCACACCGACGCCGAGACCAUGACCAAAGGCUCCGUCAUCACCGCUGCCUGUUGGCAUCCCUCUGGCCGCUAUGCUACCUGUGCUCUAGACUCCACACGUCGCUUACCAGGAGGCCGUCAUGAAUCCGUGAGAUCAAUGUUUGAUGCCACUGUCCAAGGCACCAAAAGACUCUAUGACCUCCAAGGCUACCUGCUUCAGCAUUCUGCCAUCGUUGUUGCUUUGCGAUACAACAACUCUGGCACCCGCCUGUUGAGUGUUUCCACAAACAUGAAACGCGGUCUGGUCGAAAUAUGGGAUGCCAGUCAGCCCGCCGCUUCCCUAGAUCCUGUAGCUGUAAAGCUCUUCAAUCAGCCUGUCAUUGAUGCUGUCUGGGCUUCUGAUGACUCAAUCGUUGUGUGUGGUGAGAACCGUCUUGACUUCUAUCAGAUUCGCAAUGCUUCGUUAACCAACGGUGCUGAUGCCAACGGCGAUUCGUUUGCUUCUACUGGCACAAAAAACUUUGCUUUACAGUACUCACAUCCGACAGACAAGCAGUGGGACAAGGUGCGCUAUGACUCUGUGAAUGGCGUUGUUGCUGCGACUUCCUCCUCCGAUGAUUGCACCAUACUGCUUGCCAAGACCACCCCUCGAUGGGUCCCUCUGUCCGGUUUCCCUAUCGAAGGCCCUGCCAGCAAACGUGCUACCGCCAUGGCUUUCCAGCCACUUGAUACUGCAAACAAUACUGGCCCGAAUGUGCCACGGCGCCUCGCCAUAACUCACGAUUCCGGGCGUGUAAGAGUUUACAGAGUCACUCCUAGCCUGUGUGAGACUCUGCACGAAUUCACCAUGGGUCCUCACGAAGCUGCCUUGGCUUUGUCAUGGUCGCCCACAGGUUCUUGUCUUGCUGUGGCAAGCGAAGAGGCCGUGAAGAUUUGGGACCUCAAUUCUGGGUCUGUACCUCUCCUCACGUGGCGAGCCGCUGCAACACAUUGGUACCAAGGCGACGAGAAUAACUUGCCCAACGGUGAUGAGACAGGCGACGAGCCGAGUCUAAACUGGGAUGCUGAGGGCAAAAGACUGAUAUUCGCAGUGGGCCGUAAAGUGAGUACCUUUAUAUAUCGUGUGUUGAUACAACUUACUAACAGUUCUGUAGAUGGCUGCUAUACGCUUGUUAAUGCCUUCCAAGACCGCUCAACCAAAAGAUGA